UUGUCCCAGCCGGAUAUCACGCAGAAACUAACGGAGCGCAUAGAUGACCUGAAGCAAAAAAUCGCUGCUUGGGGGAAGCGGAUUCGACGAUUUAGCGAGAGGUCAAGGCGGUUCAACCAGAAUCGUCUCUUCCAGAGUGAUCAGAAGAGGCUCUAUAAAUCAUUGGAGCGACCAGAGGUAUGUGGAGCGGGCCCAGGACCGGAUCAGGCUGACACUGUCGCAUUUUGGCGUGGCCUGUGGUCAGAGCCCGUAAACCACAGCGAGGGCCCUUGGAUGGAAGUUGUGGCGAGCCAGAGUGCAAGUGUUACGCCUAUGGACCCCGUCACCAUAACGCCUGAAGACGUGGCUGAGGCGAGAAAACCUGCAGACCGAGUUCGGUAUAUCUUGCGCUCAAAUAUAUUUGAUGUCGCCGAACUCGAACGGCUACGACGUGAGGCUGUUCCCUCGUCGGAUGAGAAUGCUACGGCUGAGGAUGCGGCGCCACAAAUGGUAGAGCAACCCGCAAACGUGGAUGCCGCCGUGAAUACCCCAGUUGUGGUUGAUUCAAACGAUGAUGGAACAGUCGCCCAGGAACUGGAAUUAGAGCAUAUGAGGAGUAUAUUCGAAGAGGCGAUUGUGGAAACGCGCAGUACGCCUCUCGAAAAUCGACCGCGACUUCCCCGCAUAGCCCUAAGCAAGCGGAAUCGGGCUGUCGUGAGGGCUCUGAACCCAAUGCUGGUUACCUAUUUGGAAGCCAGCCGGGACCUUUGCGAAACGGACUCAAGUCUUUUUGGCGCCGCGCUGGCAGUCUGCCGUAUCAUAGGCGCCAAGGUUUCCACGGCUGGACGGGCUACUGGCCAAAGUAACGCUAUCCCAGCAUGGAGAAGAAGAAUUGAGGAACGUAUCGCAAAGGCUAGAGCUCUCAUCGGCAGACUGAUAUGCUUCAGAUCAGGCAACAACAGGCCUAGAAUUGUGCGCACCGUCAGGAUGGCGUUUGCUGGGACAAAUGUCAGUUUGUCCCAGCCAGAUAUAACGCAAAAACUGACGGAGCGCAUAGAUGAUCUGAAGCAGAGAAUCGCUGCUUGGGGAAAGCGGAUUCGGCGAUAUACCGAGAGGUCGACACGGUUCAACCAGAAUCGUCUCUUCCAGAGUGAUCAGAAGAGGCUCUAUGAAUCAUUGGAGCGACCAAUGGUAAGUGGAACGGGCCCAUCACGGAAUCAAGCCGACACUGUAGCAUUCCAGCGCGGCCUGUGGUCAGAGCCCGUAAACCACAGCGAGGGCCCUUGGACGGAAGUUGUGGCGAGUCAGUGUGCGGGUAUUACGCCCAUGGACCCCGUCAUCAUAACGCCGGAUGACGUAGCUGAGGCGGUCCGUAGGGCCCCGAACUGGAAAAGUCCGGGGCACGACGGGCUGCAUCACUACUGGCUGAAGGGGAUCGUGGUGUGUCACACUGUGCUCGCCCGACAGUUUCAAGAGGCUCUCAAACAGAAGUCGCUCCCAAGGCUCUCCACUACUGGUAUCAGUCAUUUGUUUUCUAAGGACCAGGGUACCACAGACCCCAGCCAUCUCAAUACCGUCCCAUCACGUAUCUACCGACCAUAUACAAGACACUAA